AACGAUGUGAAAGGCGGCGAAACCACAGAAGAAGAAGCUGCAGGCCUCGGUACGAGCCGCGGCUGAGUGGGCGGGUUAGCUUUUGUUAUUACUACGCGCGUCAUUUUCUUACAGUAUUACGCGGACAUCGACGGAUUACAGAAACCAACUUCUGCGGUGAGAAAUGGCCCGUACCAAGCAAACCGCUCGUAAAUCCACUGGUGGGAAAGCCCCGAGGAAGCAGUUGGCCACCAAAGCUGCGAGGAAGAGCGCGCCCUCUACCGGCGGCGUGAAGAAGCCGCAUCGUUACAGGCCUGGUACUGUAGCGCUGAGAGAGAUCAGGCGCUACCAGAAGUCUACAGAGCUGCUGAUCCGUAAGCUGCCCUUUCAGCGGCUGGUGAGAGAGAUCGCCCAGGACUUCAAAACCGACCUUCGCUUUCAGAGCGCUGCCAUCGGGGCCCUUCAGGAGGCCAGCGAGGCGUACCUGGUGGGUCUCUUUGAGGACACCAACCUGUGUGCCAUCCAUGCCAAGAGAGUUACCAUCAUGCCCAAGGAUAUUCAGCUCGCCCGCAGGAUAAGAGGAGAGAGAGCUUAAAGCACACUGAGGGAUAACCAAAUAUGUGCAUCUUUUUUCCUGCUUAUUACUAUAUAUUUCUGUUUUUAUUUUUUUUAUCUUUUUUGUGUUAACUGUAGUCUUGUCAUUUCACAAUCAGCUUGGAGAUGCAAGACCAGAAAGCACAGACGUGUCCUGUAAUGAGCUGGUCAUUUUUUCCUUUGCAUUGAGCACUAAGCCCAGGGCAGUAAGCUUGCCAGCUCCUUGCCAUGUGUUCAGCUCUUUGCAUGCAUCAAGGUGGUGGUUUAAAUUUUUUGUGAUUAACACCCCCCCCCAACCUCAGUUUACAGCCUGGAUGGGGAUUACACAGCCCACAAAGUAGUUCCUUGAAAUGUGCAACACCUCCUCACCCCUGUAGCAGGUGCUGUGGCACAGGUGAGGUAAAGGGCUUGCUCCAGAAACUGCUGUUUCUCUCCUGUACCACCAGAUGGUGCUGUGGUCAUUCUUGCCAAUCCAGUCUUGCAAUAAUCCCAUCUUUUAUUCUCUCCUGCCCUGCAUCAUCUACUCUUCCUGGGCUGUUAAACUGGGUUUCUCGUCUUUUGUCAGAUUGUAAUUGUCGUGAAACAGUACAAGACAUUUGGGUAUUUGGUGUAGCUGGGUUUUUUUUAAAGGUUUUUAUUCCAGUGUAAACUUCGGCAGCUAAAAUUACUGAUGUUCUUGUCAGUCUUUGUAUUAAAGUACAUUGAGUAACCCACCUUCA